AUGCCGUCCUUUUUCGAGUACAAUUUUCAGGCCGAAGGCCACUCAAUCAAAACCAAAUUCUCAACCGGUCUCUUUAUCAACGGCAAGUUCGUCAAUGGUAGCAACAACACCACUAUUGACGUUAUUAAUCCAACGACUGGAAAACUCAUCAAUAAAGUCAGCGAGGGCACCGAGAAGGAUGUCGACCGUGCAGUCCAGGCAGCCCAAAAGGCAUAUGAUACGACCUGGGGCCUGAAUGUAUGUGGCGUCCAACGCGGGAAGAUAUUAAUUCGUAUCGCCGAACUUAUCGAGCGUGAUAUUGACGAAAUUGCUGCAGUCGAGGCUCUUGACAACGGCAAGGCUUUCACCAUCGCCAAAGGCUUCGAUGCUUCCGAGGCUGCUGCCUGCUUCCGCUACUACGAUCAUUCCAUGGAACUUCCCGCUGCUGAUGUUUGCAUGGAAGCUUGCACCGGCUUGGCGACCGGUAACACGAUCAUCAUCAAGCCAUCUGAGUUCACACCUCUGUCUGCUCUUCGUGUCGCUGCGCUGUUCGAAGAGGCUGGUCUUCCAGCCGGCGUUGUCAAUGUCGUUAAUGGAUAUGGCCAAACUGUUGGCGCGGCUAUCUCCUCGCACAUGAAGAUCGAAAAGGUUGCCUUCACUGGCUCCACCGCUGUUGGCCGUACCAUCAUGAAGGCUGCAGCAGCAAGCAACCUGAAGAAUAGCCCGAACAUCAUCUUCAACGAUGCUGACCUCGAGGCCGCCGUUCGUUGGGCUGCGUUUGGUAUCUUCUUCAACCACGGGCAAUGCUGUUGUGCCGGCUCUCGCGUCUUUGUUCAGUCUGGGGUGUACGAUAGAUUUGUUGAACUUUUCACUGCGCACGUCCAGAAACUCAAGGUUGGCGAUCCGUUCAAGUCGGAGACCUUCCAAGGGCCUCAAGUUUCGCAAAUUCAAUUUGACCGCAUUAUGGGUUACAUCGAGUCUGGAAAGUCCCAGGGCGCAACUGUUGCAAUCGGUGGUGAACGCAUCGGCAGCGAGGGCUACUUCAUCCAGCCCACCGUCUUCACCGACGUCAAGCCCGACAUGAAGAUCAUCCAGGAGGAGAUCUUUGGCCCCGUCGUAGCGAUCGCCAAGUUCGAGGAUGAGGCGGACAUCAUCCGUCAGGCAAACGACUCGAUCUAUGGUCUUGCUGCUGCGGUGUUCUCUCGCGAUAUCUCCCGCGCAUUGAAUGUUGCACACAAGCUGCACGCAGGCACAGUGUGGGUGAACUGCUACAAUAAACUGAACAACCAGAUGCCGUUUGGAGGGUUCAAGCAGAGUGGCAUCGGACGUGAGCUCGGUGAAUAUGCUCUAUCCAACUACACCAACAUCAAGGCCGUGCAUGUGAACCUGACUGAACCUCCGCCUUAA